GUCAAAUUGAAGCGACAAUCAUGAUGAUGCUGCUUCGACGCCAAGUGUCUGCGAUGCGGCCUUGCGUGGGCGCCGCAUCCUUUGCGACUCAUCGUCAGCAGCUGUCUUACGAUGAGCCUGGCAAGAAACGCAAGGUGAAGGUCGCCCUCGUGACGGGAUAUACCGGAACUGGGUACCAUGGCGUGCAGAUCCAGGAGAACGCCGUGGACGUCCCUACCAUCGAGCACGAAGUGCGUGCGGCGUUGUUCAAAGCAGGAUGCAUUCUUGAAUCGAACUACGGGGACAUGUCCAAGAUCGGGUGGUCUCGAAGCAGUCGGACGGACAAAGGUGUGCAUGCGUCGUCCAUCGUGUUGUCAGGAAAGCUUCUCGUCCACGACGACCGCAUCGACCCACGAAGCGGUCGCAUCGCGCACCUGCCUGCCGAAAUCAACGCGCAUCUGCCGGCAGACAUCCGAGUGUUCACGGCCACCAAGGUGCAUCAAUCGUUCCGCGCGCGCGAGGACUGCAUCUUGCGCGAGUACGAGUACUUUCUACCGCUGUCGUUCCUGUCUUCGCUGUGUCCACCCGGGAUGAGCGUAGACGACGCGGCCACGACGUUCAUCAAGACCCUGCCUCGCUUCGAAGGCAUCCACGACUUUCACAACUUUACCAAGCAACGGAGGUUCUUUUACAAACAGGUUGCCAACAAGCAACUUGCUAAGCAACGGCGCCGUCUUGGAGCAACCGGAGACGACGUCGAGACAUUCAUAGAACAUGACGAAGUCGACGAUGGCGAGCAUGACCCCCCUUCGACUUGUCAUCAAGAGACGGACAUCUCCGUGGAAAAUGGAGUCCGCAAAUCGCUCCAGCGCCACCGCCGCACCAUCUACGCCUGCCGCGGCACCUUGGUGCCAGACAUGCAUGGAGAACCGUAUGUCCACAUCCACCUCACGGGCGCGUCGUUCCUGCUCAACCAGAUCCGGUGCAUGGUGGGAGCGGCGAUGGCCGUCGCGACCGGCGCCAUGACCCCGUCGCUGUUUGACGCAGCGCUCCGAACAAACCAAGUGGUGAGUGUGCCCACGGCCCCUGCCGAAGGGCUGGUGCUAUCGAGCUGUGGCUUUGGUGCCAAGCAGCACCUGAUCUCGCUCCUCCGGGACCACAACACCCCCCGGAACCUCUCUGUGACUGGCAACCCCAACCAGGCGCCGCAUCGCGUGCUCGUGUCUGACGCCGAGCUCCACCAAAUGCUUCGGUUCCGAAACGAGGUGAUUUACAAGGAAGUGGUCCGCAUGUGGCGGGAAAGCGAAUUCGUGGCGGCGUGGCCCGAGCACUUUGCGUCGUGGUCGGCCACGUUGAACGCACAAAGCAACGACAACCACCCGGAGAUUCUGGCGGCACUGCAGACGGUGCUCGCAAACGACGCGGGGAAGGCGGCCAACAGCGAGCGGGUGGUUCGGGAGGCGCGGGUCACCGGCGAUGCCCUCAAGGUGCUGCCCCGGGGCUUCAACACGGCCGUGUGCAUUCACUUUGGCAUCACACCUGGCGUGUAUGUGACUGACGUUGUCGCCGGCGUGAAGCGGCGCAUUCUGGACCAUACGUUGCCCGUGGACGCAACGCAAGACGAUUUGUUCGAUUACAUGAGCAACAUUGGCCUGGACACGCUGGCCAAGAUGGGGCGGCAGCGGUAUUAGUAGGUAGGCUCAGUACAUAGUAGCUCUGGGGAAGGAAUCGUCGUGGAUGGCGCUAUACUGCGGAAUGGAGAUAUGUGGUAGACUGUGUUUGUGUUGUACAUACAAGAACCACCAUUCUACCCG